UGAGGAAUGAAGUUGACUUUACGUCAUAGGAGAAAUAAAACGCCGCCCCGACACUCACGUCCUCUCAUUUCUCUGAACACAACAGCUGGAGAACAGCCGAGGUCCAAUCUGAGAUUAGACCAGGAACAAGAAGAAAAGAAAAGAAAGUUACAUUUAGGACAGAAAAAGAAAAACAGAAGCUUUUCCUUAUAGUGCCCAAAACGGCCGCGCGUAAUUACGCAUCAAACAAUAACAAUGAAUGCCACAACAGCCAUGGAAGUGAACAUCGAAGCCAAACGGAUCUUGGCCGUGUCGAUCAGCAAGCUGUACGCCUCCAGGACCCAGAGAGGGGGGCUGAGACUGCAUCGGAGCCUCCUGCUGUCCCUGGUCAUGAGGUCCGCCCGGGACAUCUAUCACUCCUCCCGGGAGUGCGAGGCGCCGAGCUGCGCGCAGUCCGCUCCGGAGGAGCCCAUGGAAACCAGCUCCAGUCCGGAGGAGCCAAUCCGGCAGCCUGAGCCUGAGCCCCAGCAGGCAACCGCCGGAUCAGAGACCGCCUCAGACCCGGAGGAGCCGGGCAGCGAGGCGGAGGAGUACGACUGUGAGAUCACCGAGGACAAAGAGAACAUGAGCCCGGAGAGGCAGUCCAGGAAACGCCGGGGCAAGGCGUCGGCGGCGCCUGACUUCCUUCCCAGCAAGAGGGCGAGGUUGGAGCCCGGGGAGGAGAGGCACGCGGCCCCGCUGGGCAGCUGUCGCGCCGGGGCUGGGGACUCCCUGACCACUUUGUCUCUGAACCGAGUUAUCCCUGCCUUCUGAGCGGGCGGAGGAGACAAUGAGCUCCAGCAGAACUUUCUUUACAGAGGAGUGAUUAUCAACUCCUUGUCAACAAUAAACGCACCGGAGGAGCUGACCUACAUCAGACGUCCCGGGACAAAGGGAUUACAGGUGCCACGGAGGUGCGAGUUCUUCCACUGAACUCGGUGUGCCUGUCGGGCUGAUGAAAGCCCCCUAGCUGAAGCCAAGAGGGGGAGAAAAAAAGAAGUGGUUCAGGCAGAGCUGAAGGCUGGAAAGUUUGCGGAAGAAGCUGCAGGGGAACUGGUUGUGCUGCGUCCUGUUUCCCGGUGACUCAUCUCCAGUUCAAUGAGUCCAAACAAGUGACUGCUGCUGAGUCAAAACGUGUGCAUGUGUGAAUCAACAGUUAAUCAGAGAAGCGAAGCUGACAACACAGAACAACACACACACACACACGAAACCAAGACUCCAGGGAAUUUCCUGUCUUCAUAACCAGAAACCAGUCUGAAACACUGAAAGAGGAAGGACAGAGGCAGAGACAUUUACUCACACAUUCAGCUGCUGCUGUGGACUUUGACAAAUCGAUACUACUGCUGUGGGACUGUCCUACAAAGUGCUUUCACAUGGUGCUUUAAAAAAACAGGCUGGUCCACAUGGGGCCUGUUUAUCUGAACAUUUUCUUAUUUUUAUUUAGUCACUAAGCUCAUCUUUUUAUGUUUGACCUGUGGAAUAGGAUUACCUCACAUUUCAUGCUGCUUUUUAAUUGUUUUAUGGAAUUAAGGUUGUAAAAACUUGUAAUAAACAUGUUGAAAAAGGUA